CAGCGGUCGCUGAGGAGCCGCCGCCGCCCGGCGCUCGGGUCGCAGAUCCUUGCUGGUACAUUACUGGAUAUUUUUGUUGCACCUUGUUAAGUAUUGAACUAGCUGGCUGAGUGACCACUGAAGUGCAAAGAUCUAAUCUUGCAGCCCACGUUUAUUUCCCCCACUGCGUCACAGCAAUGUCCUACGUUUUUGUAAAUGAUUCUUCUCAGACUAAUGUGCCCUUGCUACAAGCCUGUAUUGAUGGUGACUUUAACUACUCCAAGCGGCUUUUGGAAAGUGGCUUUGACCCAAAUAUUCGUGAUAGCAGGGGCAGGACAGGCCUUCACCUCGCCGCAGCCCGGGGGAAUGUAGACAUCUGCCAGCUGCUGCAUAAAUUUGGUGCUGAUCUGCUGGCCACAGAUUAUCAGGGAAACACAGCUCUUCACCUCUGUGGCCAUGUGGAUACCAUACAGUUUUUAGUUUCCAAUGGACUGAAAAUUGAUAUUUGCAAUCAUCAAGGCGCUACCCCUUUAGUUCUGGCGAAGCGCAGGGGCGUGAAUAAAGAUGUUAUCCGAUUGCUAGAAUCCCUGGAAGAGCAGGAGGUAAAAGGAUUUAACAGAGGAACCCACUCAAAACUGGAGACUAUGCAAACAGCUGAGAGUGAAAGUGCCAUGGAAAGCCAUUCUCUACUCAAUCCCAACCUACAACAAGGUGAAGGAGUUCUUUCCAGCUUUCGAACCACAUGGCAGGAGUUUGUAGAGGAUCUGGGCUUCUGGAGGGUCUUGCUUUUGAUCUUCGUCAUUGCUUUGCUGUCUCUGGGCAUUGCUUACUAUGUUAGUGGGGUGCUGCCCUUUGUGGAAAACCAGCCUGAACUGGUACAUUGAAGGAGUUCAUGCGAGAUGAAGAAAAGACCUGUUUCCUGGCUCCCAAAAUUAGUUCUGUUUCUCAGAAUUUUUCUUAGUUUAAGGCAGUGAGGACUGUACAUUUUUGUUUUUGCAUUUUUAUUUACUAUGACCCUGUGUAAAAGAGGGUUUUUCAUUUGAACUUCAAGUGUGAGUCAAGUUUAUAGUCAAGUAUACUGCAUCCUCAUUUUACCUCUGGAGGAAAGUUCCCGUAGCCUUGCUUGAUGUAAUUGUAGUAACCAGUAGCUGAAGAGUAGUGACCAUACCCUAAUGUAAGACCAGUUGACAUACCCAAAAAACAAAGGAGUUUCUUGGAUGAUUCAGGUUUGGUUUUAGUUUUGUUCAAUUUUUGCAAGAACCUCUUUUCUUUCUUUAUUUACUUUCUAUAUAGCAAAUUAGUAUCAUUAAACUAUUUGGUUUGUUCUAAUAUUAAUAAUUUAAUUAAAUAUUUCUUUUUGUCAGUUGUGGAGCUUGAACUCAGAGCCUGGGCACUGUC